AUGGGUGGCCAGCUAUCCAAGGUCAUGGGCAAAAUCUUUGGCUCCAAGGAGAUGCGCCUGCUCAUGCUCGGGCUCGACGCCGCCGGCAAGACAACCAUCCUCUACAAGCUCAAGCUCGGCCAGGACGUCACCACCAUCCCCACCGUCGGCUUCAACGUCGAGACGGUCACGUACAAGAACGUCAAAUUCAACGUCUGGGAUGUCGGCGGCCAGGACAAGAUUCGUCCUCUGUGGAGGCAUUAUUUUAGCGGCACCCAAGGCCUCAUCUUCGUCAUCGACUCGGCCGACCGCAACCGCAUCGACGAGGCCCGCCAGGAGCUGCACCGCAUCAUCAACGACCGCGAGAUGAAGGACAGCCUACUGCUCGUCUUUGCCAACAAGCAGGACCUCAAGGAGGCCAUGAAACCCCAGGAGGUGACCGAGGCCCUGCAGCUAUCCAAGCUCAAGGAUAAGGUCUGGUACGUGGUGCCCAGCUGCGCCACCACGGGCGAGGGCCUGCUCGAAGGCCUCGCCUGGCUGUCCAACAAUGUCAAGGCCCCGCCUACGCCCGUCAAGAAGUAG